AUGAGUUCAAAAUCUGAAGCCAAAGAUCUGCCGUGUAUUUUCACUUUUUUUGCUACAAAACACCCGGACAGUGACUUGCUAAAACGUAUAGAGAAAUGUAAAGAAGGAAAGUGGCGAAAUGCGUCUGCUCCUGCAGCAACCAAAAAAUUAACAGAACUGGCUAAGUAUUUUCCCGAAUUAGCUCCAUUUCUUGAUUCUAUGGACAGUUAUUCUUUAUGUGAAGGGCACUAUAACCAGCUGGUCGCUAAAAAUCUUUUUAUUAAUAAGUUAAAGAAAGAAACUGAUCCAACUCUUCUAUCUUCAGGUAAACCUGAGAAAAAAAGAUUGAAGUUUUCUAAUGAUAAUGAGCCGCAAGUUUCUGAAAAAACUUUCGUCGAUUUCAGCACUCAAGUUGAAAGAACUUUCGUUGAUUUUGGCACUCAAGUUGAAAAAGUUUUCAUCGAUUUUGGCACUCAAGUUGAAAAAACUUUCAUUGAUUUUAGCACUCAGGUUGAUUUACUUAAAAAAAAAACUUAUGCCGAUUUUGGGUCUCAAGUAUCCUUUUUACAUCCAAUAUGUGAAAUUCUUCAAAGAAGAAUUGAUGAGUUAGAAAAAAAUAAUAAGCAAUUAUUAAGUGAAAAUGAG